AUGGUGGUUCUGAAUCCCAACAACUGGCACUGGGUCGACAAAAAUACGCUGCCCUGGACGGAAAGGUACAUGCAGGAGCUUGCAGCAUCGAUGGAAGCUGUGUGCAGCCCCAGCGGCUCCCACAAAGUGCAGAUCGUGAAGCUGGAAUCGGUUUCCGGGGACUCGCACGUUUCGCAGCGCAAAGGCAAAGUCAUCUGCUAUUUCGACCUGAACGUGCAGUUCACUGCGCAGGUCGUGGAGGCAGACUCCGACACGUCUGUGUGCGAGGGCAAAAUCAUGGUUCCCGAGCUGGUGCAUGAUGAGUCAGGCUUUGAGAUUCGUCCCGAGGGCUUCAGCGACCACUACCAGAUGGUCAAAGACCAUUUCGUGCCCAGCUUGCGAGCCACGCUUUGCCAGUACCAGGUUGACCUCAUCGCGCAGCACUCGAAGGAUGUUCAGCAGUCGUGA